AAUAAUUGGGUUGCUAAAAGGCAAAUUAUUAUUUAAAAAAAGCCGUUUAUUUCAUCACAUGUCUCAAAUAUGCUCAAUUGACUUAAUAUGCUGAAUAGGUGUUGAAUAGGUUGUUAAAAUAUCAUCCUAAUUAUUGCACACGCUUAAUAGACUAACUUCACGAAGGCGCUAAAUGAUCAAAAACCCAAAACUGAAAUACAAAAAAAUGCGGUUCGACGCCAAAAAUAUUGUCGGUCGGCUUUGGGGAAACAAAGAGCUGUUUGUUGGAGCCUUCUUGUCAUUAGUCGUAUUGAUGUGUUAACAAAUAGUGUAUUGACAACGAAGACGUGAAUACAUAUUAGCCGUUCUUACGCAAUUAAUCGUAUACAGUACUAAGUUGCAUAACCAAAACGCUUCACUGAUCCAGACAGUCAAAAACUACGACCACAUGUACUACUUGUUAAACUUUUCUUGUAUACAACCAAACGGUACCUUUUAGUGCGACGAAGUUAAAACCUACUCUGGAUUAUUGCAGUCUGAAUUAAUGCUGAAUCGCAGUUUUCUUUUCGGUGUUCGGACUGGGGUGCAUUUUGAUACAAGCAUGGGUGGUUACAAAUUGUUUGUAACGCAUGUGAUUUAUUUAUUCGUAUCAUUCUCAGGUAUUUUCGUCGAAGCUACCGAACUUUGUAGAACCAUCCACGAUACAGAAAUAUACCUAUAUUGCCAAGCUGGUUCCCGGUGCUGCGAGAAUAACACAAAAUGUUGUUCCGGCCUCUCGACGGGUGAGGUGGUGGGGAUCGUGUUCGCGGUCUUGUUGGCAAUCGCCGCCUGCUUAUUAUGUGUGAUAGUCUUCACCAAGAAGAAGAAACGCCGACCUCGACAAGACGCUCAGCAGUCUUAUAACGCUGGUUUUGAAAUAUCAACGAUCACCGGCAGUACUGUGUGCCACGAUGAUUAUUCUAGAACGAUGGAUUUAUACCCCACAAAUACCAAUGGAACCUCAGUCGCUUUGCCACAGGUCCCUCUCCAGCCGCCACCCUACAGUUCAUUACAACACCCAACAUACAGUUCAUUACAACACACACCCUACAGUUCAUUACAACACACACCCUACCGUUCAUUACAACACACACCUUACAGGUCAUUAGAGCACCCACCACACUAUACGUCUUUGACUACAAGCGAUUCCCGUGAUAUACUUUUAGAACCACCACCCGUUUACAGAGAAGAAGAAAGAAACAUUUAAAAAGUACAAUUACAGGAGGUGUUGCCACGGAUAUAAGUUUCAAGGUGCUAUAAGUUGUGAACUACUAUCUCCACUUUUACAUAAAUGUUCCAUUGGGCGUCAAAGCUUGGUUCUAUCGCGUUUCAUGUUGUGUCGCAAUUUAGCCCUACCGCGCGUCAAGUCACAGUAUGGCCCUACCGCGCGUCAUGUCACAGUAUGGCCCUACCGUGCGUCAUGUCUUCACAGCUUGACCCUACCACGCGUCAUGUCACAGUAUGGCCCUACCGUGCGUCAUUUCUUCACAGAUUGACCCUACCGCCAGUCAUGUCGUCACAGCUUGGCCAUACCGCGAUGUAUGUCGUGUCACAGUCAGGCCCUACCACGGAUCAGAUGCCAAGAUUCUUCAUUUCAUCAUGUACAUGGAUUUCAAUAUCAAUGCGAAUUAAAAGAUCUCUGGUGAAUACCGGGUCAGUGAAAUUGUACGAAAUGCUGCAUCCACAGACAGGAAGAGUUCAGAACCUUGCGUCGGUUUGCUGUUUUUGGAACGUUUUGCGGACAUUUAUUAUGCAACACUCGGUCAGUUUAUGUAGCCCAGAUACUAAAGCUUUUUUAUGUUGGCGUCCAUGAUGCGCGCUGUAAUCUGAGAUAGAGUCAAUAAUUGACCUGAAAUGUAUUCAAGUUUCCAUAAUAAUUAUUUUGUGAAACAUGUGAUUAGUUACUUGUAUUUAGUUCAAAUAGUUUGUAUUGUGCUCGAGAAAUGAUAUGAUAUACACAUGUACGUUAAAAAACGUUCGUUUGUUUGACAUUUAUGUAUAUCCUACUUGUUGUUUUGCUGGACAUUAUUGAAUCUAUAUGUUGUUAACUGUUGAUAU